UCUUUAUAUGGUCUCAGCAUGUGUGGAGCUUCUGGACUCCUCCCUGAUACAGUUGACGAUGAUGAUUCUCAGACGACCGAAACAAAGAAGCUUAGAUGGAGUGAGAAAGGCAGCGACCAUUUUCUGCUGCUUACGCAGAGACUCUCCGUCGCUUUCAGGCUUGAAUACGUUUCACUUUUUGCCUUAAAACACGCGAGACGACGGUUUUUGUGACUCGCAAAUGUGGAAUGAUGCAUUUCCCGAGGAGAAGGACCUGCGUGUGGAUCUAUUUCUUCUUCCUUCUGCUGGAUCGUUGCUGGGACGCGGUGUCCGGCCAGCUCUCUUACUCCGUCGCAGAGGAGGUGAAUGUGGGCACCGCUGUCGGUAAUAUCGCCAAAGAUUUGAACAUUAACGUUCAGGAUUUAGAGACUCGCAUGUUUCAGAUCGUUGCAGGAUCAAAGAGGAAAUAUUUCGAGGUGAAUUUAAAGACUGGCGUCCUCUAUGUGAACGAGAGGAUCGAUCGGGAAGGUCUUUGUGGUGACGAGGCAAAAUGUUCCCUCAGUGUAGAAGCCGUUAUUAACAAUCCUCUGAAAUUAUAUCGAAUUGAAGUCACGAUUUUAGAUGUUAAUGAUAACUAUCCAGUGUUUGAAAGCAAAGUAAUAACAAUGAACAUCAGUGAAAUCACCGCAGUAGGAGCGAAAUUUCCUCUAGAUACAGCUCAUGAUGCAGACGUCGGGCGAAACGGCGUGCAGACAUAUAAACUCAAUCCAAAUGAACAUUUUUCACUCAGUACAAACCCCUCGCACAGCACAAGCCCGGAACUAGUACUGAACAAAGCUUUAGACCGAGAAAAGGAGGCCGCGAUGUCACUCACAUUGUCUGCAAUUGACGGAGGAACACCUUCAAAAUCUGGUACAAUGAUAAUUAGAGUCAAUGUCCUCGACAUUAAUGACAACACUCCCAAGUUCUCCCAAAGUCUGUAUAAGGCUUCUGUGUAUGAAAAUGUUCAAUUGGAUUCAACAAUAAUAACUGUGAAUGCCACUGAUUUAGAUUCCGGGAUUAACGGACAAGUGUUUUACUCCUUUAAAGCAGCAGGUGGAAACAGAAAACCGAAACUAUUUUCAAUUGAUGAAAAAAGUGGUGUAAUUGUGAACAUUAAACAUAUUGAUUAUGAGGAAAACAAUCAUUUUGAAUAUCAAAUUGAGGCCAGAGAUGGUGCAGCUUCUCCUCUCACAUCUCAUGCUAAGUUACUUAUUGAAGUGUUAGACGUGAACGAUAAUGCUCCUGAGAUCACUGUGACCUCACUCUUAACCACAGUGGCGGAAGAUUCACCAUCUGGCACAGCCGUCGCUCUAGUUUCAGUCUCAGACAAAGAUGGAGGUAAAAACAGUCAGGUGCAGACUCACAUCUCGAAUAAGGUUCCUUUUAAGUUAGAGUUGAACUACAAGAACUACUACUCACUGGUGGUGGACGGUCCACUGGACAGAGAGGCGGCUCCUCAGUACAACAUCAGCAUCACAGCCACUGAUGAAGGCAGCCCACCUCUCUCCAGCACCAGAGUCAUUCAAGUUCAAGUGUCAGACGUGAAUGAUAACAGGCCUCUCUUCACAGAGAGUUCUAUUAAUGUCUACGUGAAGGAGAACAGUCCAGUAGGAGCAGUGAUCAAAGCUGUGACAGCGACAGAUCAGGACGUCAGUCAAAAUGCUCAGUUGACUUAUUCACUGUUGCACAACAGCAGCGAGGCCUUACCACUUUCAACACUGGUCAAUAUCAACUCAGACACAGGAGACAUAGUCAGUCUGCAGUCGUUUGACUUUGAGAAGUUAAAAACCUUCCAGUUCAAAGUUCAGGCCACAGACUCUGGUGUUCCUCCUCUCAGCAGCAACGUGACCGUGAACGUUUUUAUCCUGGAUGAGAACGACAACAGCCCUACGAUUCUGGCUCCCUAUUCUGAGCUGGGUUCAGUGAACAGUGAGAACAUUCCUUAUUCUGCUGAAGCAGGAUACUUUGUGGCAAAGAUCAGGGCUGUAGACGCAGACUCUGGAUACAACGCUCUGCUGUCUUAUCACCUGUCUGAGCCCAAAGGAAACAACCUGUUCAGGAUCGGAACCAAUAGUGGGGAGAUCCGGACCAAGAGGAGAAUGAGUGACAAUGACCUGAAGACUCACCCCUUGGUGGUGCUGGUUUCUGAUAAUGGAGAACCCUCCCUGUCAGCGACUGUGUCUAUCGAUGUGGUGGUGGUUGAAAGCUCCGCUGACAUCCAGACUCAGUUCAGACAUGUGACCAUGAAGGAGGAGAACUUCUCUGAUUUGAACUUGUACCUGCUGAUCGCCAUCGUGGCGGUGUCGUCCAUCUUCCUGCUGAGUCUGGUGACCUUGAUAGCGGUCAGAUGUCACAGGACAGACAGUGAUUUCAGCAGGUACAGCCCCCCCAUGAUCACCACCCACCCUGACGGGAGCUGGUCUUACUCCAAAUCUACUCAGCAGUACGACGUGUGUUUCAGCUCAGACACACUCAAGAGUGACGUGGUGGUUUUCCCCGCCCCGUUUCCACCUGUAGAUGCAGAACUGAUCAGUAUUAACGGAGGAGACACUUUUACCAGGACUCAGACUUUACCUAACAAAGAGAAGGUAAGAAAAAGUUUCUCACUCAUUUGAUGAAACUGAUUUUCUGUUUCCUAACUAUGAGGGAAAAAAAAUCAUUGUCGCUUGAAGUUGACUCAUAAUAUUGUCCCUGAAAAUAUUUCUUGGUGGUUUGGGGUUGUAGCACGUUCAG